UAUAUUGUGAAAACAUAAGAGAGUUCAGUUUUCAGUUGAUUUUCGACGUGAGUUGUUCUAUGCGUGUAGAUAAAUAGUACGAAAAUGUCAAGUCAAACGCGCCGCAGUUGUAAAGUGUCUCCUGAUCGAUUUUGUUACAUUUGUGGAGAAUUUAUGGUGCAAUCACAAGCCAGACCAUUUUCUGAAAAUGUGAAGAAAGCCUACUUCAAGUAUUUUGGAGUUUUGGUUGGAGAUCAAGACAAGCAGUGGGCUCCUCAUGUGUGCUGCGUUACUUGUAGCGUGUCGCUUGUGCAGUGGAUGAAAGGAAGAGGAAAAAAAUGCCAUUUGCGGUUCCAAUGGUAUGGCGAGAACCAACUAACCAUUUUGACGAUUGCUAUUUUUGCCUGACGAAAACUGAAGGUUUUUCCAAAAAACAAAAGCACAAGAUCGAGUAUCCCAAUUUGCCGUCUGCCAUACGACCUGUUCUUCAUGGUGCAGAUCUCCCAGUGCCGAUCGCGCCCUUAGACUGGCAAGGUAUUGUUUUGGAAGAUAAGGAAGAUAUUGAAUCAAACAGCUCUGGAGACCAGUGUACUGAUCCUACCUUUACCCCAGAGGGCGGUUCCGACAAGCCACAUUUGAUUGUUCAAAGCGAGUUGAAUGACUUAGUGCGUGACUUGGGGUUAUCAAAGCAGCAGUCAGAACUUCUUGGAUCCCGGCUUAAGGAAUGGAAUCUGUUAGCCAAUGAAACAAAAAUCACCACUUUUAGAAAAAGAAAUGCUCCGUUCUCUGCAUUCUACAGUAUGGAGGAUUCGUUGUGUGCAUGUACUGAUAUCGAUGGCUUAAUGCAGGAACUUUCUAUAGAACAUUCUCCCUGUGAGUGGCGCUUAUUCAUAGAUUCGUCGAAAUAUAGCCUAAAAGCUGUGUUAUUGCAUAACGGAAAUUUAAAACCCUCUAUACCAGUUGCCCAUUCAGUGACAAUGAAGGAAACUUAUGAAAAUAUGCGCAUGCUUUUAGAUAGAAUCAACUACAACAGGUAUAAAUGGCAGAUAUGUGGGGACUUGAAAGUUAUAGGAAUUUUAGUGGGACUUCAGGGAGGAUUUACAAAAUAUUGCUGUUUUCUUUGUUUGUGGGACAGUCGUGCAGUAAAUCAUCAUUAUGUACAGAAAAUUUGGCCAGAAAGAAGUGAAUUUCAACCGGGUUCCCAAAAUGUCAAGUAUAUCCCUCUUGUAGACCCCAAAGACGUCCUCCUGCCUCCUCUUCAUAUCAAACUUGGCCUCAUGAAAAACUUCGUGAAAGCUAUGAAUAAAGAAGGUGAUGGAUUUAAAUACCUAAGGCAAGUCUUUCCCCAGUUGAGUGAUGCCAAAUUGAAAGAGGGUAUUUUUAUUGGACCACAAAUCAGGAAAUUGUUGGACGACACAAAUUUCACAGACACGCUUACCAGGCAGGAACUCAGAGCAUGGACCUCAUUUGUUAGUGUAGUGAGGGGAUUUUGGGAAACAAUAAGGAUGCGAACUACGAACAAUUGGUUAAUGAGCUUUUAGAUGCUUAUAAAUCGCUUGGUGCCCGAAUGUCUUUAAAAAUUCACUUUCUCCAUUCUCAUUUGUCAUUUUUCCCUGAAAAUAUGGGUGCUGUCAGUGAUGAGCAAGGUGAGAGAUUCCAUCAAGACAUAAGGACAAUGGAAAUUCGUUAUCAAGGACGAU